CAAUCACAAUUGACUGUCCAUCAACAUGUACUGUGUGUUCACAGGCUGUCGUUGGCUAUAUAGUCAAUACUGAACAGUAACCUCGGCGUAUUGCCCUUUGUAUAUCGUUCUAUUCAAUACGUAAUCAUCGGUAAACUGCCGUUAUACACAUUUAUCAAUGAGAAUGCGGCUUUACGCAACCAUCAAUGAACUCGGGCUUGUGCCGUUGUUGGCAGCAUUCUGAUUCCAAUAGGUAAUGGGGCAAGACACUCGUUACCCACGGCUAGAUAACGUGUAGUAUAUCAGGACCCAACUGAAACGGCACAACGACCUUUGGCAGUAGCACCAAGAUGGCGAGCUGGUACGGAGGCUGGUCCCGGAUUUCGACGAAUGUUUCCAUAGUCUAGGCAUGUCUAACACAAGAAUCGUGUUGAGAUUUUUGGAGAGCUUACAGAAUGACAUGCCAGUGGCGAUAGACUCCUUCCCAUCUUUAGGCCAAAGGUCUUAGAGCUCCUCCACCGAGCUUGUCAACAGGUUCGACCUUGUGUCACGACAGAAACUAAGGAGGGGAAAUGACAGCGUAGCUACAGGAAGGCCUGUGCUAGGGUCAGCUAGCGGUGUGAUGGAUGUACACACGACGCGAUGUGUCGUCUGCUCGCAGGUAAGGGCGGGAGAUUAUACAGCUCACGACAGAACAGAAUACUGUGUAUCUUCCCUGCCUAUGGGUUUGUGAUGUUGUGUUAUGCUGGUUUGUACCAGUUCAUCUAAUUUAUUAAAAGAUAAAACACCACAAAAAUGGCCUGCCGAUUACGGAGCAGACGACAUUUGGGAAAUGUCAAGCAGAUUUGUUUAUUUUCCAUUGGACUUAUAUUGCUCGCUAAUGUUGUGAUACUACACCGAAAAUUCAAUGGGUUGGAGGAAGAAAACAUGGUUGAUCCCGGGGGAACUAUAAAAUACAAUCAGCACGAUCCACACUCGGAUUCUGUUUUCAAGGAUAUGUCACUUGACAGUGCAUGGAGAUUAAAUUUUCUGGAAAAUUACAAUGGAUUCGAACGCCGGCUGAGAAAAUUGAUGGAAAAGUCGUCGGAGAGUGGAUUAUAUGGUAUGAGGAUGGAAGGCACAAGUCAACUUGACAAGCCGUCAUCGAAAGACUUUAUAGGUUGUGAUGAAAUUGUCAAUAUUACUGAAAGAAAGUACUUAGCGUCUGGCUGGACCAAGGCAGUGUACAGUGGGAGGUAUAAAGGCAAAUCGAUCGCUAUUAAGACCGUGGAUAUUAAGGGCCAAGACGUAUCGACGUGCGUAAGCCGAGGGUUUACACCGUCGUAUUGCUAUAACAAGGCAGCGCAGAAGAUUGUCAAGGAAAUACUGGUGCUGCAGGCACUUGCUCACGAUAACGUUAUUAAGGUGUUGGGAUUCUGCGUACCAAGCGUUAACAAUAACGUCCAGGGCGUUGCCAUGAUAACAGAGCUUGGGGAGACCGUCAACCUCAUCAAACUAUUGCAGAUGUCUUGGGAGGAUCGUCUCAGGGUUUCCUACGACCUGACCAAGAUCAUUCAUUUUAUGUCCCGAACACAGUACGGUAGUAUGGCAAUGAAUGACUUCCGGCGACAGCAGUUUGUCCUGGUUGACGGCGUCCUUAAGGUGUCGGAUGUGGACGACGCUGGCUUCGCCGACCCGUCUUGUACGGACAGUGAGACAUGUACUAUACAUUUCUCCUCUUCAAAUUUCACAAAAAGAUUACCAUGUAUCCAUGGUAAAUGUGUAGGUUACAACGAAAAAAGGAACCUCUUUAACGGGGCGAGACAUUUCACUACCUAUCUACUUCCGCACGGCGCUCCUCCUACUCUCCGCCAACUUAUUAACAAAACCAUUGACGGAUUCGCCAAUCUGACCGCCAACGCUGGUCAGCUAAUGGCUAUGAUGAAUAAAAUAGUGCACUCAUAUAAGUCAGGAGUGUACCUCAAUAGGACAAGUGCUGAAGAUUACCAAACACGAUAUGACGUUUAUACCCGAAUGGAUCUUCCUGGCAAGUACGACUACAGAUGUCGAGUGUCACUCUCAGGAAGCGGAUGUACAGUAUCUGUUUUUGAUCAGAAGGAGGCGGAAAAAAUAUGUGAUGAUGACCCGGAAUGUCAGGGAUUUGUGAUGUCAAGAGAGCACACCUGGACAGGCAGGAUCCUUGUCCAUCUCAAAUCCGGCGUAGACAGUCCUACGACGAACAACAAGACUACCCUGUAUGUUAAACCAAAUCAAAAUCGUUCAGUUUAGCCAAAGGAGAGAAUAUUUUAUAGUGAGUGAGAGAGAGAGGAAGGAAAGAGAGAGAGAAAAAAAUACACAUAGAUUAACUUUGUAUGUGAAAUUCCAUUGUUGAAAAACAUUUUUCAACUUCCAAAACGUCGUCAUAAGUACACUACUUUUAAUAUUCUAGUAUGUUUCUAAUGACAAAAAAUUGAAGUUUCUUAAGUUAUGCACUUCUAAGGUUGUGAUGUGUCAGUCAGUUUCAUUGUCUGUAUGAUUUGAUGUGACGGCCAAUCUGAUUGGCAGAGAUAUUCGAUAGUAAGUGUUAUUAGUUAAUAAGAACUAAUCGCCAACUUGUUUACGUUUGGUGUUUAUACUAUUAAAUGGUAUCGAUAUCAGUACACACGUUCACUAUGUGAACAUAUUCUUGAAGAUUUGUUGGUGCUUUUUAUGUUGGAAAGCAGGGUAAAGGACACACGGAUUCUAAGGAUAAAAAUUAAACAAAACGUUUAACAUGACGUAAAGACAAUCGGUAAUCUAGUCGCGUUGCAAGCAUGACAAGAAGUUGUUGAAUGCUGCCGAUGUUUUUGUUUUGCAAUAUUUCAUAUGACAACAUGUUGAAUGCGUGUAGGAUGAUUUAGGGUCAGUUUAAAACGUUGACAACAAUCAUUAAGUUAUAACAAAGUUAAGUUUAAAUUCACGUGGACAAAUGUGCCAACAGACGGGUACAAUGUAUCUACUCAUAAUAUCUAAUAUGUCCGUAAUGGUAUGUGUUUAAAUCUUUCACCGCUGUAGACCUUGAUGGACUCAUCCAGAUCAGUGCAUCGUACAGUUUACUAAAGUGUCAUAGGGAUGAAAGGGUAAACGUAACUUUUCACAAGUAGUCACAUGAAAUACCAUCAUGUUGUGUGGUUAAAUUGGUCAAAUGUAAAUGUCUUAAAGCAUAAUAUUCAAUGAUAAUGAUAUAAAAUGUUUUCCGCAUUUUUUCUUUUCUUUUUUUCCCCUUUAUUUAAGAAAGCCAUUUUAAUGUAAUUCACGAUAAAGUAAUUUUAUUCUAAAGCAUCUGUUCCCAUCAAACGCGUUGUCCGUAAUAAACAAUAACCUGGUAUUGAUGUGAACUUAAAAGUAAAAAAAAAAAAAAAAACAUUUGCGAAAUUAGGGUGACUUGCCAAAAAGCACUUCAAAAAUUGAAAGGCUGAAUAUUGAAUGAUAUUUAUAUUAUUUUUACUUUCAAAAUAGCUGCCCAUUAUGUAUUAUAUUUCUUGAGCUUUAUGAAUCCUUAAACGUCAUUGUUUUUCCAUUUUAUUUAAAACCGAAAAGUGAUAUACUUUGAUUAAUAAAACCCGAUUCAAAUACACCUUAAGCUGAACGUUGUAACAACAGUGGGUCCCUUACUGAUUACUAACGUAAAGCCACACCGCUACUGUUCAGCUCCACAUGUGGGAAAUAUUUUAAGACUUCCACUUUUAAUAUAUAAGAACGUUUCAUGCUGUUCAGAUCACGAAGCUUAAUACUCACAAAUAUACCUCACAAAGUAGAUUGUUAGGCGAUCAACAUUCACUACUAUUGAUAAAACGAGCGUUAUCUAGUGAAACGUGAUAAAUAAAGACGGACAUGGCCGAUGAAAUAACGAUGAAAGAGUUCAAAUUUGGACCAUCAGUAUUUCACAACUACUGAUGGUUGCUUCUUUUCAAAAAAAUAAAAAUAACAAUCACACUCAUACAUUUUGAGAAUUACUUCUCUUUGUUUUAGGGAUGCAAUUUUCCCAAGUGUUUUAUGAACAGAAACGAUGGUGAUAGAAAAUCAGUUUGUUUACGGUCUGUCGUUUCUGAUGAAAGUAGCAGUAAUAUUGCCCCAGUCUAAUGCUGGUUUUGUUAUAUGUAUGAGAAAUCCACGAUUACAACGUUUGAAGCGUUAUCGAUUCAUUGUUAUGAUAUUUGUUUCUUGAUUGGCUUCAUGUGAUCUUCGUAAAUCCCAUAUUAAAUUCUGUUGACAUUGUCAAUACCCAGGUUUCGGAGGGAUUUAAAUUAAAAAUUUAAUUUCAUAGAGAUAAUCAUUGUGUUUACCUUUGUGUUCGAAUAUCACAUUCUUACGUUCACAAUAUCUACGUGACAUGUAUAUGUUGACAAAUAUAAAAUUACAUGAUGUGUUACAGGGGAGGUCACUCCCGUUUAAACAUGGCCUUUGAUGUGUGUGUUACACUUUGCGUCACGUUCCUUGAUAACGAAAAGACAUAUACCAAAAAUACUCUAUGAUUAUUUUUUUCGUUCAGUUUCGUCAACAAUUUUCCCUUAAAUAUCAUAAACAAUGGUCGACUUACAAUGUUGUGUCGUUACAAGUUUUGUUAAACAUUUUGUUAAAUAUAACUAAGUAACAAUUAAGGGUACAAUAUCUUCAAAAUAAUGAUACGAAAA